AUGUAUCCGGCCAGUCAACAGGUUUCGUUUCAGGAUUCAUCAACGAUGAUGAUUGUGGAUUCUAAAGAAUCAGCUUCACCGGUUUGCAAAGAAGAAACUCAGAAUGGAGGAGGACAAUCUCACGCCGAGUUUGCUUUGUUCAAUUCCAAGAAGCUUCAGUCUGAUCUUGAAGUCAUGGGUACCAAACUCAAACACCACGAAGACAAUCUGAAGUUUCUCAAGGCUCAGAAGAACAAAUUGGACGAAUCAAUCGUCGACUUGCAAGUUCGUAUGAGCAAACUUCAUUCGUCCGACACUCCUAGAAGCGAAAACAGUGAUGCCAAUCUUCAGGGUGAAGACAUCAAUGAACAGAUCCUUCGCCACAAAAACUCAGCUGCUGGAGUUUUUGGUCUGCUUCAGUCUCGCCAUGGCACACAGGCUUCUCAGUUGGCGUUAACAAAAGGUGUCGUUGGAGUCGUAGCCAAACUCGGGAAGAUCAGUGAUGAAAACCUCAGCCAGGUUUUAUCAGAUUAUUUAGGGACUCGAUCCAUGUUGGCACUGGUGUGCAAGAGUUACGAUAGUGUUAUGGCUUUGGAGUCUUAUGAUAACCAAGGCAACAUUGAUAUCAACGCUGGCCUUCACGGGCUUGGCUCUUCGAUUGGCAGAGCCAUUGAAGGCCAUUUUGAUGUCAUCUGCCUUGAAAAUCUGAGAGCGUAUGUUGGGCAGCACAAAGCUGAUGAUCCACAAAGGAGGCUCGAUCUUCUGAAACCAAAGUUGCCCAACGGCGAGUAUCCUCCAGGGUUUCUGGGAUUUGCUGUCAACAUGAUACAGAUCGAUCCAGCUAACCUGUUCUGUGUCAUAGCAAACGGAUGUGGUCUUCGUGAGACCUUGUUCUACAGUCUCUUCUCUCGCCUUCAGGUUUACAGAACAAGGGUUGAAAUGAUUAGUGCCCUCCCCUGCAUAAGUGAUGGUGCAGUCUCUUUGGAUGGAGGAAUCAUCAGAACAGGCGGGAUCUUCACUCUUGGAAGCCGUGAUGAGGUUAAGGUGAUAUUUGCAAAGCCAACUGCUUCACGGACGAUGGACAACUACAGUGAGGCGGAGAAGCAAAUGAAAGAGCUGAAAUGGAAGAAGGAGAGAGCGCUGGAUGACAUAAAGCGUGAGCAAGUGCUCCGUGACCAUGCGGUGUUCAACUUUGGCAAGAAGAAAGAGGAGUUUGUUAAAUUCUUGGCUCAGAGCUCAUCCGCUAACCAGCAAAUGAUGUCACCCAGAUGA